GCAUGUAAUUCUUUUGUAGGUGUCCACAUAGUCUUCCCAUUGAAGUAAAGUUGGUUGAAGUUGUCCACAUUGAGUGAGAAAGUGGCCAACCAGCCCUUCUUUCUCCUUCUCUCAUCAUCAUCCAUCAUGGAACCAAAAGAAAAAUUAUAAUUAUAAGUCCCACAAAACAAAGAAAAUUAUAAAUCCCACAAAAGGUGAAAGGUGGCUAGAGGAAAAGUAACUUCACACAGCCUAAGGGAAUUGGAUUCUGAGCUCUAGAGAGAGAGAUAUUUGAGCCAAGGAGGAAGAAUCAUGUGGUGCUGGAAAGGGGAGGGAGGCUAGAAAAAAAGAGGUUGAGAGAGGGUACCCUCUUCUUUCCACUGUUCUGUGUCUGUUACACCACUUUUAGGAGUUCUUCUAGCAACCUCUGCCAACAAAAAACAAGGAAGAGACAGUAAUGCUACUGACAUGGGAAAGAAGGGGAGUUGGUUUUCUGCAAUCAAAAGGGUUUUCACUCACCACUCCAAGGGGAAGCAGGAUGCGGAUAACAAAGGCACAAAAGAAAAGAAGAAAAGUUUAGGAAAAUUAAAGCAUGGAGAGACCAAUUCAUUCAUCCCCCUCUUCAGAGAGCCAAGUAGUAUUGAGAAAAUCUUUGGGGACUUUGAAAGGGAGCAACAACUACUGGGGUUAAGGCCUGCCACUCCUCCUGAGAGACCCAAAACUCCACCUUAUGUCCCUCCAAGAGCUCCUUCUCCUAGGCCUCCUUCUCCAAGGGCUCCUUCUCCAAGGGCUGCUUCUCCCAGGGCUUCUUCCCCGCGAGUUACCUCUCCCAAAGCUGCAUCUUUCCGGAAUUCUCAUCACCACAAGGAGGUUGGCUACAGACCUGAACCAACUUUGAGGCACCAGAAUGCCUCAGCUACUAAGAUCCAGGCUGUUUACAGAGGUUAUAUGGCCAGGAGGAGUUUUAGAGCACUAAAGGGUCUGGUGAGGCUCCAAGGAGUAGUAAGAGGACAGAAUGUGAAGAGACAGACAGUAAAUGCCAUGAAACACAUGCAACUCUUAGUGCGAGUUCAAUCUCAGAUUCAGUCUCGAAGGAUCCAGAUGUUGGAAAACCAGGCACGAUAUCAAGCUGAGUUCAAGAAUGAUAAGGAUGCAGCAAGUAUCUUGGGCAAACUCACUUCUGAAGCAGAAGAGUGGGAUGAUAGCUUACUUACCAAAGAGGAAGUAGAGGCAAGGUUGCAGAGGAAGGUAGAAGCAAUCAUCAAAAGAGAAAGAUCAAUGGCAUUUGCAUAUUCACAUCAGCUAUGGAAAGCCACUCCAAAAUCAACACACACCCCAGUGGCAGAUACAAGAUCAGGUGGAUUUCCUUGGUGGUGGAACUGGUUGGAAAGACAAGCACCUGCACCUGCAGCAGCAACUCCACAAGAAAGACAAGUGCUGAAGAAUUUUCAACUGACACCUCCAAGACCAUACUCAGAGCAAAAGACUAGUCCAAGACCCGGAUCCAGCACUCAAAGACAACAGCAGCCUCAUUUUGCUUUUGAUAACAUGGACACUCCCACACCAAAGUCCACAAAAUCAACCAUAGUGACAUCUUCAAAACCGGUACGAACACCUCCCUAUAGAACUCCUCAGGCAAACAGUUCAGGCUCUGGCUCUAAAUUUCUGAGACCGAGGGGUGUGGGAGCGAAUUCACCCUUUGAUGUGCCACUGAAGGAUGAUGAAAGUCUCACAAGCUGCCCACCAUUUUCAGUGCCAAACUACAUGGCUCCAACCCUCUCUGCCAAGGCCAAAGUACGUGCCAGUAGUAAUCCUAGAGAAAGGCUUGGUGGAACUCCAACAAGUACUGAUUCAAAGAGGAGACUCUCAUUCCCAUUGUCGCAAGGAAUAGGGUCUUUCAAGUGGUCUAAAGGGUUCUCAAGCAAGGAUCAAAGGGUGCAAGAUAAAUUUCAGCCACUUGACUCUAUAGGAAAUGUGAGUGUGGAUUCAACAGUGUCUUUGCCCGCAAGGGUGGGAAGAAAGCCUUUUACAAGAUUUGUGUGAUUUUUUUCGUUUUAUUCUUUUUUAACCAUUAUAUUUUGUCCAUGUUGGUGGUGUUAUCAGUUACAUUAUGAUUAUGAUUUGAGUGUAUUGGUGAUAGUUUGAUAACAGGUAUACCCGUUGUAAACUAAUAAAACCAUAAUAGGAAACCAUGGUUUGGUAACUUUAA